AUGUCAAAAUUGAGAAUUCUAAAUUUUCAGCUAGGCAUAUCCAGGAGACUCCCUCGGAAGCCCGUGAAGUGGCUCUCAAUCAGAGACAGGCAAGUCUCUGAUCUAAUGCGCAGCUUCAAACCCAAUGUCGAGGAGAUGAAGCAGGUGUUUGACAAAAUAUCAGAAGGAAGUGGGAAGAUUUCUGAGAACAAUCUCAAGUCAUUGCUGGAGAAGCUUGGGAAAAGGGAUGCAGCCUGUAAGGCAAAGCGAAUGAUUGAAGCAGCUGACCUUGACAGAGAUGGGUUCCUAGAUUUUAAGGAGUUUAUGGAAGUGCAUAAGAACGGCAUAAAGACUUGUGAUAUCAAAAGUGCAUUUAGGAUGUUUGAUCAAGAUGGGGAUGAGCGAAUCAGUGCAGAUGAAUUACAGAGUAUGUUGGAGAAACUUGGGGAGUAUCACAGCUUGGACCAGUGCAGGAGGAUGAUAAAUCAUGCGGACCAGAAUGGUGAUGGAUUUGUGGACAUGAAUGAAUUCCUGGCCAUGAUGACCCGCACCAUGGAGCCGACAUGA